AUGGACGAUCCAGGUCUAAGAUGGCCUUAUUGGAAGUUUGGGUACAAGAGAGAUGAUCUCUUCACCAAGCUGCACGACCAGUACAACACCACAGUGCAAUACAUAUCCGACCCGGUUGCUUUCCAGCACGAUGUCUUUGAACUCUCACACGAGGCAUCCACUGCCAAUGAAUUCCACCAACUCAUGGCCGCACGCAAGGAACACCGUCUCAACGAGCUCAACCGGUCGCUAGAGUCAGCAUCUUUUGAGAUCAUCGCCAACCCAGCUCUUAUUGGAACCGAACAGUGGCAGCAUGCUGUCCAGCUCUUCCGCACCCGGAGUCUCGAUUCGCUUGUUCGCUACUUUGCAUCCUAUCUACCUGAAGAUCACCCAUGGCACCACUCGGACACCUCUUCUGCAUCGUCUCUCUCGGGGGACUCUGAGAGCGUCGAUGACGAAUCAACAUCCCACUCAGAGAACACGAUGUUCUUUGAUGAGGAUCUCGACUCAAAAUUCGAAUCAUACCAGGAUCCCUUUGAAGCCGAUGAACAAAAACAAAUGGGAUCUGUUCCUGAAGCGACCGAGGCGUCUACAAAGUCAACCAAUGCUGGACGAACCGAUGAAUACCCCUUCGAAUUUGUCCUUACACCUUCUCGCACUCUCUCAUUCUCUGACUCCGAACCUGAUCUGUUCCACCUCAAGGACUCAUGCCCAUCACUGCAUGACGACGAUGCCUCGCAGACGUCUGCCUCAAGUGUGUCUGAUAUUUCGGAAACUCAGCACCAGAAAGAGCUUCUCGCGGAACAGGAUAUUGAGAUCGUUAAGCAUCACACUCAAUACUUCUCAGAACCUCAAAGCCUCUCAAAGGAUGAUGUUUUGGAAGAAUCUGAGACGCCCACCCCAAAACCCAGGGCCGACGCCGGCGAAUGCUUCUUCUUGAAACCGAAGCCAUCACCAUUAUCAGCGUCGGCACGAAUCCCAGGUCGACGUGAUACCUCACCCUUCCGAAAUCACAUUCUAUCUAAUGCCGCAACAGCAUCGUUUGAGAAUUCUACAACAACAGCAGCAACAACAACAACAACAGUCACUACUGUAAGUCGUCGGCAAAUGGAACAACAGUACAGCCAGACACAAUCGCCAUCACCAGCUCGGUCGCGCCGUCGUGACUACAGCCCGAUUGGCAAGGGCAGGAGCCACAGUGCUGCAGUCACUAGUGGUAGAGUGCAGAAGCUCUCUGAUUCCAUACGCUCAAGAAACAGGGGUAGAAGGAGUGAACUUUUAUAG